UAAAAUUAAUAAUAUUGUUUUAGACCCUCCCUCUUUUCACAUGACAACUAUUCAAACUUGUCAAUAUAACACAACAAUUUGUUUCAUUUUUACUGGAAUUCCCACACCAACAACCAGCUACCAACCAACAAGUGGCAAGACUUCGUAUUCUUUAGAGCCACACAUAGAAUCGCCAUGGCAAUGCACUACUCUGAAUCGCACGCCAUCUGCAAACAACUCGACUCUUGUGGUUCACCUGAACAACUGCCUUGGUAAGGCUAAUGCUACAAUCACCGUCCCUUCGAGUAAGACCACCUAUCAAUGGCUUAUUAUAUAUUAAUUUGCAUUUACAACAAUUUUUACUAAACAGAUAGCAGUGAGUUAUCUUCCAGUUGCGUCAUAACACGUUGUUCUGCAUCAGAUCUAAAGACUUCUCGAUGCUCUAAACUGGUCAAAGUGGUAAAAACGGUUUACUCUACUUUGCCACCAUGGACAACUACUUCUGAUUCUCCAACUCUCAUUACAAGCCCAACACAAUCGUCUAUAAUUUUAUCAAGCGACCAAAACAAAGAGGUUACCAAGCAUACAAAGUUUCUUUCCACUGAUACUGUAAAUACUUCAAAUUCGAGCAAGAGCAGCAGCAUUUAUGAAGUGUCUACUACUGUCUCUACUACUGCUGUUACUGUUGAUGCUGGAAAUCAAUUCACUCCUAGCACUACUCAUCGCACAACAAAAGAUCAAAGAAAUACAACCACAGAUGACAAAUUGAGAACAAUCAGUUUUAGUGAACGAUCGGCAGUGCCAAGCUUACAUACCGUUGAUGCUACAAAUCGAUUCACUCCUAGCACUCCUCAUUGGAUAACAAAAGAUGAAAGAAAUACGACUACAGAUAACAAAUUAAGGGUGAUCAGUUUUAGUGAACAAUCGGCUGUGCCAAGAGACCAUUCUGAGCCUACAGAAAGCUCUUCACUAUUUGCAGGUUUUAUGCUACUCAUGAAACGUUUACAACAUUUUUCCAUAAUCAGCUUACAUUAUUCUAUUUUCUACAGGAUUGCCUCUAGUUGUUCUCAUUGCAGCUGGGUGUGGUAUCCUUUUUAUUAUUACUAGUUCUUGCUUGAUUAUCAUUAUUUGUUACAAAACAAAAACAGGUAUAUUUCAAUUAGAUUCAAUUUGAGUCAUUUUAUGAGCAAAAUUUGUUGUAGCCAAGAAAAAGUGCAAAGAUCCUUCUCAUAAAGAAGACAUUGCUAAAAAAGAAACUAGCAUUCCAGCCGAAUCUCUUGGAGACGAAACGUUACACAGCAGCCCUCACAGCAAAUCAAUUUAUGAAAAUAUUACAGUGGCCAUGAGAUCAGAGUUAUGUGAGCCUUCAAAUUCAGACCCUCACAAAAACCAGGAUAACGAAUCAGUAGAAGACCUUGGUAUUGCUUACGAUUUUGUCAGAACAAAGGAGGAACAAAAUCAGAGAUGCUCUACAAAACAGAAGUAUAGCAAUGUGCCAGUACUCUACGCUGCAGUAGAUAUGUCAAAAAGAACUAGCUGGCAAGAAUGCACUCAACACUCAAGAUAUCAGACUUUAGAUGAGUGCUUAGAGUUGAAAUCAAUAAGAACAGAAAUGGUAGGCAAAUCCUUGCCGUCAGACACUUACUUCUCACAUGAGGCCAAUACUACGUCAGUCAGCAGCCACAUCUAUGAGAGACCCAUCUUAGAUACAGAGCCCGAGUAUGAGUUCAACUUUCCUCAAGAAUCAAGUUGUGUCACUGACUACACAAAUUUAUCGCUCGAAAAACCAACAAAAUCGCAAGGCUGUGACAAUACAAAAUCAUUUAGUAAACGCAACGUAGCAACAGUCAGUAUAGAUGAUGAACUUGACAAGAUGGUAAAACCUGUAGACCUCAAGCAAGAAGACUACUAUGUUUGUGAAGAAGAAAGAGAAACAGAAGUUGAUGAUAAUGAAGAAACCGAAGCUGAAAGUGGUUAUGAACUUCCAACAUGGAAAGGAUCUACUGCAUUUUCAAAUAUUGGCAAUAGAAAGGAGACCAUAAUGACAGACGUAUAAACCAACUUAGAAAGCACUAGUCUAUAAAUGGAGUUAAGUCAUAAACGUCAUUAGUCAAAUAUACUACUUAAUUGGAUUUAGAUAAUAAAUUUAUUAGAAGUCA